AUGAUAAAACGACUUUUAAAAGAAUUUGAAAUGAAAGAAACAAGAUCGAUUUCGACACCAAUAGAAGUAAAUCUUAACGGACCUGAAGAUGAACUAAUUAUAGAAAAUAAGUCAUAUAGAAGAUUAUUUUGCAGUCUUCUGUACAUUUCAAUAACUACCAGACCAGAUAUAUGUCAAAGAAAUACGGGACUGGUUACUACGUGUGAUUCAGAUUGGGGUGGCGAAAGACAAUCAAGAAAAAGUGUGAGAGGAUUUGUAGCUUUUUAUAACAAGAAUCCCAUAAAUUGGUUUUCAAGGAAGCAAAAUUGUGUGGCCAUAAGUUCAAUGGAAUAUAUCGCCGCAGCAUUAGCAGCUCAGGAGAUCGUGAAUUUAAAAGGUCUUUUGAGUGAUUUCGAUAUUUACGAUAAAGUUAUUUUGAAGAAUGAUAAUCUCAGUGCUAUUGCUACAGUUUUUAAAAUUCAAAAAGAGGAAAACACAUUGACAUUAAAUAUCAUUUUGUAA